UACCUCUUGAAGACAAGCAAACAGCGGUGGUGACUGGCUUGAAUAGAACCAAGCGGCGUUGAAUAGUCCCGUACAUAAUAAAUGGUAGGUCCCCGCGACGCCCGCGUCCGAGUCGCGCCAGUUGAAUCAUGCAUUUCAAUUAAGUCGGACUCAAUCACUCGUUCCGAAAUUCCCGGUUAAACGUUAAAAGGUGGUACUUGUACGUAACUUUGAAGUUGAAGUUACCACAUCAAAUCCUCCAGCUCGAGUUCCGAAUCCGAAGGCUUGCAGCGCUUGAGUCUAUGUCAUAGGCGAAACAUCGUGCACCAUGGAUAAGUCAUUAAAGAAUGAUUAUAUCCAAGCGUACCUCGACCGCCAGAAAGUCUAUGUACAUUCCUAUUCUUCUGAGGGAAUCGAUCUUCAUCACCCGUCAAAAAUAUCCAAUGGGACACCGACAAGGAUGCGGCAUGAAGAAACGAGAAAGCUGAAAUUUGGAUUCGACACACCUAUACUCGUCCCCCGUGUAACCGGGUCUAAUAGGACAGACAAACGCUCGGUCGUAGAGCUUCCCGCCAAGGCAACGCAAAAGGCCAGAAAGAUCCGGAAGGCACUUGAUACUGAGACCUCUACAAAGGAAAACAAUGGAUCAGUGCGUGCACCGCCCAUCACUGCUCAACGUGAUCCAUCCAAGCGGAAGCGCAAGAAGACAGAAGUCCCGUUUGGUUCCGACGAAGAACACGAGGCUAGACUGAGCGAGCGUCGAGAACGGAAACGCGUAAAGCGCGAUAUUGUGAAACCAGAUACCAAUAUUGCAGUGCAUAUUAGCCCACCAGCAAGUGAAAGGGAAGAUAAGAAGGUUACUCGUAAAAGGGGACAGAAACACUCGGGCGCUGCAGGUCUUGCACUCUUGCACGGAUUUUCAGCGACUAAUGUCGGUAAAAACCGCCUCACGGUGAGUACUGCUGGUCUGGUCUAUCUGGCACGUGGGUUUCACCGUGACCUUAGUUGAAGCCGUUGGCUUCUCUUGGAGUGUUUAGCAAGGGGAAAGCAUCUGCCAAGACCAAGGUAUACAAAGCGAAGGAGCCAGAAGUUAUUUUCAGAAAUAGCGUUUCUCAACAAGACAACUAAGCAACACGAGUCACU